GCCACCCGGGCUGACCCCGACCAGGACGCCGUCCACGUGCCGCCCGGUCUCGUCACGUACGUCGGCGUACGACUGGUCAACAUUACGCGACUCCCGGCCCCCUAUCCGGACAAAUGCUCCGACGAAUGGCAGGACCAGACUCUGGAGCUUUGGGCCAAACACUUGAGUUACGACACGUACUCCACGCAGAUAUGUCUGAAGCUAUGUCUGCAACGGUUUACUAUCAAACACUGCAAAUGCUGGUCGUCCUCAUCCCCGCCCCCGCACACAGACGUCUUGCAGUGCAACACAAGGAAUAAUAAAAGCCAGGAGGAGUGCACUGAGAUGAUCCGGCUCAUGUACUACAACCAGACCAUUGACUGCCAGUGUCCGCCCCGGUGUGAGGAACGGACGUUCGAGAAGUUCGUGUCGACCGGCAAAGAGUUGCCCCAAUGCUCGGCCCUCUCGUCGCCCGGGAAGGAGGCGUCCGCUGAGGAAAAAGAAAACUUCGCGAAAGUUGUCAUAUAUUUCCAGUCAUUGAGUUAUCAGGAGAUCAAUCAGUUUCCCAAAUAUACAUUGACGGCACUGUUGGGUGCGAUCGGAGGCAUUUUGGGCGUCUAUUUGGGCUUUUCAUUCAUCGCUAUCUUCGAGUUGAUUGAAGUGAUCAGUCGUUAUGUCAUGUGCUCAUCGAAGUCGCCGAAGAAGCAAAAGGCGCACAAAAAGUCCGAUAAUAAUCAUAAUAAUCAUAAAUCAAGUCAUAAGUCGAAAGACAAUACUGUUUGGUCGACACCGACCACGAAGAAGGCCUUUGAA